GUGUAAGAAGGCUACACUAAAAUACGUAGUUUUUCAAACUUCUACUGAGAUAAAUCGAUUGUUGACGUGGUACAUUUUUAAGGGUAUUUUGGGUGUCUUUGAAAAUAGUCAGUCCAAUGGUAUAUUGGAGACCAAUUGAUGAAGCCGUCGGUAUAUUAUAGAAAACAUCAAUAUCUAUGGCAAAUUAUUGAACUGAGACAAACUCAGUGACAUGGAGUAGAUUAUCCCUAAAAAUUAUUAUAUGUCUACAAUUAAAAUAAUGUUCAUUAUAUGAUUUGCCACGAUGAUGUCAUUGAACUACACUAGGAUUAAAAAAAAUAAUGGAAAGGACUUGGUAGCUAUAAAUGAUACACACUGCUAUGGAACACAUCUUUUACGUGACCAGGCACUCCACCUGUGACUAAAGGCUUUGAAAAAUCGACGAUCUUCCCAGAUAGGUCACAAAAGUUGAUUUUUAUAGUUACAGCAGGCUAUGGUUAAGCGGACUACGUGAGAAAAUUAUUUUUUACAGGCAACUAUAUGAAGCCAACCGACUGGAAAAAAUAUUUUCAACAAAAAAAAAACAAUGUAUGCAGCUGCCUUAUGAAUGACAGUUGCCAAACCCAUAUCCAUAGAUCAAGACACAAAUUAGAGAGAGAACAAUUCACAUGAUUGGAAAAUGAAACAAAUCAAGUUGUUCCAUAAUAAUUUGUAUUCACAAAUCCAACCCAGAUUCACAAGCAUACAUAAACAUCAGAAGCAGGCCAGAUCGGGUUCGAACAUAUUUAUUCUCCCCACACGGAUGAAGGCACUUGUAGCAGCAGCAGCAGCCCUCCUUGCUCACCUCCUCACAGCAGCUGGUCAUCGUCGCAGCUACCAUUGCCACCAGUUAGCACAGCCCUCGCAUCGGGCCUGGAGUGGCGCAAGGCCAGCAUUGUCACCGCCAACCAAGGGCUUCCCCGCGGCCGCUAGUUACGUUCCUCCUCUUCGUCGUGUCACCACUAGCUCAGGCAGUAUGAGGCUACUCCUCCCCUUCACCAUCACUGACACCCCUACCCUUCUCCUUCGCCGCAGUCGCCUUCACCAAGCCCUCCGCCGAGGCUCGCCCUCGAGCUUCAAAGCUUCUAAGUUGGGCAUUAAAGAGCUAUUGCCAGCUUACAAAGAUCAGGACCUUGAACUAAAUGACCUACUUACUGGUGUGGCCUUUGCCUCAGGAGGCAGUGGAUAUGAUCCCCUCACUUCUAUAUCGACUGCCAUAUCGAGUUCAGGACAACUCAAUUUAUUCAGUGACUACAAGCAGAAGCUUACAUCUUUGAUCGGAGAGGAGGCAAUGACACGUAUUCUCUCAGAAGCAGUUUUCUUUACUGUCAUGGGAGCAAAUGACUUGCUCAACAAUUAUUUUACGCUUCCUGUGAGGCGGCAUCAAUAUGACAUUCCUGGCUACGUGGACUUUGUUGUCUCUAACGCAGUUAACUUUACUCUGACAAUGAAUGAGAUGGGUGCUAAGAUGAUUGGGUUCGUUGGUGUUCCACCACUUGGUUGUUGUCCCUCACAGAGAACUGGUCCAUCAAGAGAAUGCGAACCAUUACGAAAUCAAGCAUCAGAAUUAUUUAAUACUAGAAUGAAGCAGGAAAUCGAUCGACUAAAUGUCGAACAUAAUAUUGAUGGUUUAAGGGUUGUUUAUUUUGACAUAUACUACAAUUUGCUCGACCUGAUCCACAAUCCUGGUUAUUAUGGUUUCAAGGAUACAUCUGAUGGAUGCUGCGGCAACACAGUGCUAAAUGCUGCUAUAUUCAUUAAAUAUCACAGUGCAUGUCCAAAUGUUUAUGAUUAUAUUUUCUGGGAUAGCUUCCAUCCUACCGAAAAGGCAUACGACAUAGUGGUUGAUAAGCUUAUCCAGGAAAAUAAGCAGUAUCUGAUGUAAAUGAAAUAUAUUAUCUUAUAUAUUACAUGUGCUUAAACGGAAUAUACAACGACUAUAAAUGUAUUCUAUAAGUGAUUUCAAAUUAAUCAUAACUCUUAUUUAGGAAAAAAUAACA